AUGUUAAAGAAAUUACUAGAUCAUCGUUUGAUAUUUUUAACAUCUGGUAUCAAACGUUCAGUAAUUAUUCCAUCAGAUUUUGACUUGUGUACUCAGAUGAAAUUAUUGAACGAUAAGAAAAAAUUCAAAGAAGCACUUGAAUUAUUUGAUAAAUAUAAAGAAAAUAAUAAUAAAACUCUUUCCAGCUAUACUAUUACUCAAGCUUUAAAAGCGUCUGCUCGAAUUAGAGAUCUUCAACGUGGUUCAACUAUUCAUCAAUUCAUUUCGUCAGAUAUGAAAGAUAAUUCUUAUAUAUUAGUAUCGUUAAUUCAUCUCUACAUGCAAUGUAGUGAGGUCACACGUGCUCAAUCAUUAUUUGACACAGCAUCAGAAAAGAGUCUACAUACUUAUGGAGCAAUGAUGAAAGGUUAUAUUAAAAAUCACAUGACAAAUAAAGCAAUUGAUUUGUUCAAAGAAAUAAAAAAUCCUGAUGAAGUUAUUAUUAUUAUUUUAUGUAAUGCCGGUGCUCAAUUAGGAACUAAUGAAGCAUUAAGUUUAAUAAAAAAGGUAUCAUCACAAAUGCCGAAACAUUUUUAUUCGAAUUUACGUCUUUUAACUUCACUUUUGGAUGUAUUGAUGCAAUGCGGUGAUGUCAAACAUGCUCAAGCAUUGUUUGAUACAUCAACAACGAAAAUAUUAUCAAUGUACGGAGCAAUGAUGAAAGGUUAUAUUAAAAAUAAUAUGGCAACUAAAGCGAUUGAUUUGUUCAAAGAAAUAAAAGAUCCCGAUGAAAUUGUUAUUAAUCUCUUAUUUACUGCCUGUGCUGAAUUAGGAACUAGCGAAGCAUUAAAUUUAACAAAAAUAGUAUCAUCACAAAUGCCGAAACAUUUUUAUUCGAAUUUACGUCUUUUAACUUCACUUUUGGAUGCAUUGAUACAAUGCGGUAAUGUAACACAUGCUGAAGCAUUAUUCAAUAGAUCUAUAAAGAAAAUAUCACCUUUAUAUGGAGUAAUGAUGAAAGGUUAUAAUACAAAUAAUAUGGCAAAUAAAUCGAUUGAUUUGUUCAAUGAAAUUGAAAAUCCUGAUGAUGUUAAUUUUAUUAUGUUAUUUAAUGCUUGUGCUCAAUUAGGAACUCAUGAAGCAUUAAAUUUAAUAAAAAAAGUAUUAUCACAAAUUCCAAAACAUUUUUAUUCGAAUUUUCAUCUAUUGACUUCACAAUUGGAUGCAUUGAUUAAAUGUGGAGAUUUUUCCACUGCAGAAAUUCUUUUGUCAAAAAUGAAAAAAUCUGUGAUCAGUUAUGGAAAUUUAAUGAGUGGAUAUCUUAAAACAGAUAAUCCUGAAAAAGUAUUAGAUUUAUUUGAUCGAAUGAAAAAUGAUAAUAUUGAACCAGAUUUUAUUAUUUAUCUUUGUCUAAUUAAAGCUUUAUCUCAUAUUGGUGAUUAUUCAUUAUCUCAAUUGACUGUUCAACAAAUUCCAAAUUCUUUUCUUCUUAAUGAUCGAAUUCAAAAUACAUUAAUCGAUAUGUGGGUAAGUUCAAAUUAG